GUAAUGGUAUAUUCACAUUUGAAAGCGGAGGACUGUAUCUGUAUCUGUCAGGAGCUAAAAUUCAUAUCAAGUUUCACGCUGUAUUUGGCCUGUUUUAUGUGGAGAAAUGCUGCGGGUGAGGGCGGCGCUGUGUCAGUCUUGGAGGGGGUUCAAAACCUUCCCCUGUGCAGCUGUGGAGGUUAAAAAUGAGCCAAUACUGGGGUUCAGAGAGGGGAGUAAAGAGAGAGCAGAGCUGGAGAAGGCCCUACAAGACCUAAAAGGAAAGACAGAGGAGAUUCCAUGUGUGGUUGGAGAUGAACAAGUGUGGACCAAAGAUAUCAGAUACCAGCUGUCUCCCUUCAACCACUCGCACAAGGUGGCCAAGUUCUGUUAUGCUGAUAAGGAUCUCCUGAAUAAAGCUAUCCUGGCCUCUGUAGCGGCGAGGAGAGAAUGGGACCUGAAGCCAGUGGCAGAUCGAGCUCAGAUCCUCUUCAAGGCUGCUGAUGCAAUCAGUGGACCUAGGAGAGCUGAGGUUCUGGCCAAGACGAUGAUCGGCCAGGGUAAGACUGUGGUGCAGGCGGAGAUCGAUGCUGCAGCGGAGCUCAUUGACUUUUUCAGGUUUAACGCCAAGCACGCCAUCGAGCUGGAGCAGCAGCAGCCGCUGGACAGCGAUGGCAGCACCAACACAAUGCUGUACCGUGGACUGGAGGGUUUUGUCGCUGCGGUUGCUCCAUUCAAUUUCACUGCUAUUGGUGGAAAUCUGGCUGGCACACCAGCAUUAAUGGGUAACGUGGUUCUCUGGAAACCCAGUGACACAGCCAUGUCUGCUAGCUACGCAGUCUACAAGAUCCUGCGGGAGUCUGGCCUGCCGCCCAACAUUAUCCAGUUUGUCCCGGCUGACGGUCCAGUUUUUGGAGACACAGUCACCUCCUCUGAGCAUUUAGCUGGAAUCAACUUCACCGGCAGUGUCCCGACAUUUAAGCGUUUGUGGAAACAGGUGGGGCAGAAUCUUGAUAUCUACAGAAAUUUCCCUCGUGUUGCAGGAGAAUGUGGCGGCAAGAACUUCCACUUUGUGCACAAGUCUGCAGACGUUCACAGUGUGGCGACGGGCACGAUCAGGUCAGCGUUCGAGUACGGUGGGCAGAAGUGCUCGGCCUGCUCCAGGAUGUACGUCCCGGACUCGCUCUGGCCUCAGAUCAAGCAGGAGCUGCUGGACAUUCACAAACAGAUUAAAUUAGGAGACCCAGUUGAAGAUUUUGGAACGUUCUUCUCAGCAGUUAUAGACGAGAAGUCCUUUUCCAGGAUAAAGGGCUGGCUCAAUCAUGCCAAGACCUCCCCGAGUCUGACCGUGAUCGCUGGUGGAAACUGUGAUGAUAAAAAGGGAUACUAUGUUGAGCCCACCAUUAUUGAAACCAAAGAUCCGAAAGAUAAAAUAAUGAAUGAGGAGAUCUUUGGGCCAGUUCUGACAGUUUACGUCUAUCCUGAGAAUGAUUACAAGAAAGUGCUGAGUUUGAUUGACAGCACCUCUCCAUACGCUCUGACAGGGGCUGUCUUUGCCAAAGAUAAGUCUGUUGUGGACGAGGCUGCAAAGGUACUGAGGAACGCAGCAGGAAAUUACUACGUUAAUGACAAAUCCACAGGCUCUAUUGUUGCCCAGCAGCCGUUUGGAGGCGCCAGGGCAUCAGGUACCAAUGACAAACCUGGAGGACCGCACUACGUCCUCAGGUGGACUUCGCCGCAGGUCGUUAAGGAGACACACGUUCCUCUGACAGACUGGAAAUAUCCCUACAUGGGUUGAUGACAAAACUCUGCUCUUCCGUCCCCAACGUAGCCCUUAAUCUGUAUAAUCCCAAUCUGUGUACUUUUUUUAACAGCUUCCUCUCUUCAAUGAACAAUCAAGACCUUUUACUGUUCCUGCUUGAUUUAACCUUUAUCCCAAGUGACCUUCUGAAGAAGGCAGGCGAGAAGUCCUCCUGGGUUUUCACAAAACGCUGAAAACGGAUAGAAUAGCGCCUCCUUGUGGUGCUGCCUGAGGCUGACAUGCUCAUGUAGAAACGUGCAUCUAGAAAAACUACUGACAGCUAAAGCACUGCUACAGUUCUCUCCUCUCUUCUCUUCUGGAGGACUGACUGUACGUAUACCUUCAUUACCUCCAGUGGUGGAUCAGACCACACCAGCCUACCCAGGAAAGACCGGGCUAUGAUCAGGCCAAGCAGAAGGAAUAAAAAAAAAAAAAAAAAAUAAUAAUAAUAAGCUCAAAAAAUGAAAUCAAGAGGAUUUUUAAGAAUUUGCACUGAAAUUCGUGAUUUCUGUCACAAUUAUUUCAAUUAUUUUGUGAAUUUUGUGUUCCUUUCAAAUUUGUUUUUGUCUAGAGGCGUGUCCUGCUCUCUCAAUGGCUUUGCAUUUUUACAGUGGUAAAAUUAUCACCAUCGUUUGUUACGUUGUUGACUAUAAAAUAGUCUAAAUUCGGUACCACUUUAAAAUAAGACUACCUUUAUAAAGGGUUUAUAAAUGGUUUACAAUUAGUUUAUUAAUGAUUGCUAAUUAGGUUGUAAAUGCCUUAAAAAUAAUUAAUAAUCAGUUAUAACACAUACGUAGAAAGAGCAUUUACAAUCGAAUUAGUAACCAUUAAUAAACUGAUUGUAGACCAUUUAUAAACCCUUUCUAAAGGUAGUCUUAUUUUAAAGUGGCACCCUAAAUUCUUACCUCAAUUUAUGUCUGAUUUAUCUGCUGCACUAAAGAAUAGAAUAAAAAAAAUUAUACUAUUCAUUAAUGAUUGAAGCAUAAUUAAUGAUGAUAUUAAUAAUAAAUAUAAUAAUAAUACGUUUGGGUCCCUAUUACAGUAACAUAUAAGAUGCUGCUGGAAUUAAAGAAUGUGUGCCAGAAUGUUAUUGUAGUUUAUUAGAACGUUGAUGUGAUUUUAAUCGUUGUUCUUUUUAUGUAAAGGUCUUGGUUGGCCCAGUUCGUCCACUGUAGUUGGGAUUGUUAAACUUUAAAAUCUAAUUAAUUAAUUUAAUAAAACAGUAAUUAAGCUGUUGCUGCUGCUGCAGAGUCUGAUAACAGUGUAAGUACAGGGCAAUAGAGUGAUUGUUCUGGUUUAUCUUCUUCCAACUGAAUGAAAGUUUAAUGCAAUAUAAACAGUGCAAUCUGUUCUGUGCCUGAAUAAAAAGGGAUGAUGAAAAAGAGUCUCACAUUACUCAAA